AUGAAAGAAGGUUUUAUUGAAUUCUUAGUUAUUUAAAUUUAUUUUGUUUUGCAAAGAUUCCAUUGAUUAUAAAUUAUAUUACUAUUUAAGUUUAAAAUUGAUUAAUUUUCAUAUCGCAAUCUAUUUUGUUAGAUGUAAUUUACAAUAUUCAUUUUAGGAAUGUUAAAGAAAGAAUUUAAUAAUUGGAGAGAUAAAAAAAAGAACGCGAAGAAGCAGAACAAUUAAAUAAAAUGUCAAAAUCUACUUAGAUUAAUUAUGGUCAAUAAGGUUCUAAUUUAAUGUAAAAGUAUUUAGUGUAUAUAAAUUAAAUAUAGUUAAUAAGAAUAACAAGAGUAAAAUUAAACAACAAGAGAAAAUGAUGUAAUCUAAACCUUAAAUUAAAUGUUACAUGAAAAUCCAGAGGUUAGAUAGAAAAUAGAGGGAUAGUUAUAAAAAUAAAUUGAAAGGUAAGCUUAAUAAGAGGAAGAGUCAGAUGAAGAAAUUGAGAAGAAUGAUUAAUUAAGUGUCAAAGAAAUAAUUUAGAAAGUUAAUCAUAAAGAAUUAUAAAGUGAAGAUAGGAUUUAUGUAGGUAUGAUAACAAAUGAAUUAACUACUGAAAUUAAAAGAUCAUAAAGAUAAUCGAUGGAUUAUUAAUAAAUAAGUUUAUAAGAUAGAUCAUAAUCAAUUUUGAAAUCAAAACUAAUUAUUGAUUAUAAAAGUUAAUUAAUAUUUGUAAGAGAUGAUGAUUAUUACUUAGAAUAGAUUGACAAGAUUCUAUUCAUUUAAAGAUUUAUUAAAUAAAAACUUGAAAAAGAUAGAAAGGAAAGGAUUGAAAAUGAACUAUAACUUAAAUAAAAAAUGAAUAGAUAUAGAAUCAAUGUACUAAAUGAAUUAGUUUAAUCAGAAGAUAAAUAUGUUUCUGAUUUAAAGAUUUUAAAUACAGUUAAAAAUUUAUUAGUUGAAAAGUUUCCAUAAAAAGAAGAUGAGAUUAAGAUGAUGUUUAACAUUCAUGAAAUUCUAAAAUUUAAUACUGAAUUUUUAAGUGAGUUUUAAAAGUAAAAUGAUCUUAAGGAUCCAAAUGCUAUUGUGAUGUAAAAUAUAGUUCCACUUCUUAAUGGAUUUAUAUUUUAUUAUGAAUAUUGUAAGGCUUAUGAUUAAGCUAGAAAAUUGUGUAGUUAAUUUGAAAUUUAACCUGGCUUUAUAUAAUUUAUGAAAGAUAUUACCAAAUUAAAUUUAUUAAAAGGCUUAUCAUUAAAUGAUUAUACUAUUAAACCUGUUUAAAGAUUACCUAAAUAUGUACUUUUAUUCAAGGAUUUGUUAAAACAUACUCUUCCUUCUCAUCCUGAUUAUUAGAAUGUGAAAUAUUGUUUAGAAACUAUUGAAAAGAUUAAUGAUAAAAAUAAUGAUGAAAUGAAUGUCUAUUUAAAACAAGCUAAAUUAAUUGAAUUACAUUAGUAAUUUGAAAAUAUAUAAAAUUUACAAAUUUUAAAACCUAAUAUGUGUUUUAUAUUUGAAGAUAUUUGUUCAAUAUUUACAAAGAAAAUUGAAUAAAGAAUAAUAAUUUAUGCAUUUAAUAAUUUACUUUUAUUUGCAAAGUAAGGCAAAUAAAAUGUUCUGAAAUACAAACUACAUAUUCCAAUUACAUAUCAAUCUUAUCUAAAAGAUUUAAAAGAUUUAGUAAUUUUAAAAAAUUCUUUUGAAGUUGUUUCUCGUAAUGAAACAAUUGUUAUUGUUAAUGAGGAUAGUGAUUCUAAAUAAUAGUUUAUGAUGAAAAUUUAAAAUAUCAUUAAUUAAUAAGUUGAAUUGUUUUAAUCAAAAAAUGAUAAAAAAUAAGAGAAUAAUAUUUGUAUUAAAGUAGAAAUUUAAGGGACUGAAAUAGAUUAAAAAUUAAACAAGAAAGUAACAUUUUAUUAAACAAUUUUUACAGUUGAAAGCAUUAUCGUCAAAACUCAAAUAAGAUUUAGUUAAAUGAAAAAUCUCUUAUAAAUUAUCAAUAAAUAUGAUAAUAAACUGAAAAUUCCAAAUUUAACAAAAACUUUAUCAUCAAAAAAAGAAAAAAUAAUUGAUGAAAGAAAGUUAAAAAUAGAAUAAUUAUUGUAAAUGGUUCUAAAUUCUCCUAAGAUUUUUGAGAACAUUGAAUAUUAAUAGUAGGUUUUGGAAAUAUUAUAUUUAGAUCCUAGAUUGUACAAUUUUCCUGAGCUUAAAAGAUAAAAUCCAGAAAUGUUUUAGAAUAUGUUAGAAUUAAGAUAAAGUUAAAAUUAAAAGAAUUCUUCAUUAGAGCUUCUUUAAUAAUUGCAAUAAUAAACAUAUUCCUCAAAUAUAAAUAAAGAUGAUUAAUUAAUAAAAAUUGGAAAUGAAGCUUAAUUAUAGCCUUAUUAUAUUGAAAUAACAUUAUUGACUGAAUAAACACUCUAAGUUGGAUUUCAAAAGAAUACACGAACGUGGUUUAUUAAAAAAGCUAUUGCAAAUUAUAUAAAUUUAAAUUAUUUUGUUGAUUUUAAAAUAUUUAUUGUAGAUACUGGAGGAAUUAUAAGAGUAGUAGAUGAUGAAGAAAAGAUAUCAACACUUUUAGAUAAAAGUAAAUAAGGUUUUUUUUAAGCAUUAAAAAAGAUUUUUCAUAAUGGAACAAAGUUUCAAUUUAUAUUUCGAAAAUAUUUAUAUUUACCUUGGAAGUAGGAAGAAAUUUAAUAUCAAUAAGAUCAAAUAAGAUCUAAAUAUUUAAUGUUUGAAAUUGUAUUUUAAGCAAGAAAUGGAGAAAAUCCUUUUAAUUUCUUAGAUUUUUGUUUAAUAAUUGCAUACUAUAUAAUUGCAACCUAGUAGAAAAUUGAUAAAAAUUUAUUAAAAAAAGCAAUACCAAGUUCUAUAAUUAAAUAACAUUCUGAGAAACUUUGGUUAGAAUAGAUUUAAAGGUAAGUGGCAUAAAUAGAAAAAAAAAUAGCUGAAUUUUCAAAUUAAUCAAAGUAAAUGUAGCAAAAUAAAAAAAAUUUGAGCCUUUAGAAUUUAUCAAAUUUAUUCAUAAAAAGUUGUUUUGAGGAUAACUUUUUUUUUGGAAUGUAAUUAUUUUUUGUAGAAUGCCCCAAAGAAGUAAUAUAGAUGGUUUAGUAGGGAAAUUUUGGAUUUAAAUUAUAGGCUCAUAUAUUUAUAGGUAUAAAAAUUAAUAAUAGAAGGAUUAAAUUACAAUGGUUUACAUUUCAUAGACUCAAAAAGCCGUAAUCAAUUAGGUAGAAUGGAAUAUGAUUAGAUAACAGAAAUAAAAUCAUUUCCUAUUGAAUUAACUUGUAAAAUAAAAAAUUAAAAUUUUAAAUUUAAGACUUAAACCCCAUUUGAAGUAAUAUAAUCUUUCAAUAUAUUAGAUUAAACACUUAAUUUUAGAAUAUUAAGAAAUAAUAAAAAUAUUAAAUUCUUGA